AUUGCUGGCAACUGCUGGAUAAGACCAACCAAAACAAAUCCCACUGUGAUUUUACAAUUUUGACCACCCCGCUGGAGUCAACAAAAGAGCCGAAUCCUGAGUUUGGAACCACGAAAAAAGUCGUCCGCAGAACAUCCGGAACAUCCGUAUCUGAAGCUGGAUUCAAUUGGGGGGUAAAUCCUCACUGAAGAAGAGGAAGAAUAAUUGCAGUUUUCCGCUAGUUUCGUUGUUGUUCUGUUCGAAACAGAUAUCCGGAAGCGCAUCAGAAAGCACGAAAAAUGCAACGCGGUAUCAAAGCCUGAGGAGUUUGCCGUUCACCGAAUGGAAUUGCGCUCGAUGCGACACCAACUGCUGCUGCUGACUUACCGAACCUAUACGGAAACAUUGAUCUGAAAUAUUCUGUGGGUGUUUAUUUCCUGAAAACACGCAAAGAUGGCCACGAAAAAGGGAAUCGAAAACCAGCCUUCGAAGGGCGAGACGAUGAAAACUCUUAAUAAUGCCUUUCACAGGUAUGGACCGGAACAUCCCGGUGAAAUCUUGAAGCACUGCAAACCAGAAGAGCCAGCCAAAUUUGCGCAGUUUGUAAACGAUUUUGCCCUACGCUCCGAAAAGUGCGAACUGGAGAAGCUAUCAAACACGCCAGAGUUUAUACAGUGCGUCUCUUGGAGCGAACUGCUGGACUCGAAGGGUUUUCGCGAAACGUGUAAUAACGAACUUCCUAUUGCUUUGAGAUCGCUAGCAUACACAGAAAAGUUCCCGAGACCCGAAAAUGCUCAUGGGGUUGACUUUCAGCUGUUGUACCUUAAUCUAUCGUACAUGAUGAUGGGACAACCGAUACAGAUUAUGAACCAAGCCACGAGGAAAUUCUUGAAGCAGGUUUACGAGGAAACGGUACUGCAACGCACCAAAUCCGAGUACCGGACGGAAUUGCUAUGGUUGCAAGAAAAAUUGAAAACACUCCGCUUGCCAAUGAAAUCGAAGCGGAAAACAUUAAUUACGAAAGAUUUGAAGCAAUUUUUUGCAGAUCCCAACAUAAACCCGCUUGAGCUGCCGCUAGAAAAGAUAUGCUUUACUCAUCCGAAACCAGGUAUUUAGUUUUUAUAUAAAAAUUGAGUUCUCAAAUAAAUGAACGAGAUGUUGGCGAUA